GACGUUCUGGCCGGCUCUUACGGCGCUCCUUGCGUUCGAAUCAGUGGAACAAUUACAUGAGGAUACCCGAAGUUGAUCGGAACAAACGGGUUAUGCGGGACAAUAUGUCACGAUGGAUAAGUAUAGCUUACUGGGCUUGAGCCGUGACUGUACAGAGGAAGAAAUCAGGAAUGCCUACAAGCGACUCGCUCUAAAAUGCCAUCCGGACAAGCCCACAGGAGAUCGGGAGACAUUUUCGUCCUUAGAGCAAGCGUACAAGACUUUAUCGGAGCCUUCCGCGCGAGCCUCAUAUGACAACGAGCUCGCCAACGCGUCGAAACUCAUGCAUCCGGUCUGGCAGGCCGUGAAUUUGGAUGACAUGGAGCUUCUAGAUGAUUCCUACCGCAUGGACUGCAGGUGUGGUGCGUCGUUGCAAGCGGGCAAACAAUCGUUGGUGAAUUUACCAGCCCUGAUCGAGUGCAAUGAUUGUUCUACGAUGGUCAGGGUUGACCCCGCUGCUUGACAUCAACACGACCGACGACGUCAUUGAAUACAAGAGCACUCGGAUGCUCGAA